GGCAGGGAAGCGCCGGGCGCCCGUGGCGGGUCCAGCUGCCGCCGCGCCAUGCCCGAGCCCACCCCUGGGCGUCCGCCGCGCGCCUCCGGGGCCCCGGCAGGGGAGGAUGCCAGACACCCGGGGGAGGCCGGAGCAGCGGCGACCGCGGCGCGAUGGUGGUGACCGCGUCUGCCCGAGGCGGCGGUGGGGACCGCGCGCCCUCCCGGCGGCCGGGCUGCGGGCUCGCGCCGGCCGGGGCCGCGGCGCUGCUGGCCGGGGCGAGCUGCCUGUGCUACGGCCGCUCCCUGCAGGGCGAGUUCGUGCACGACGACGUGUGGGCGAUCGUGAACAACCCCGACGUGCGGCCGGGCGCCCCGCUCCGCUGGGGCAUCUUUACCAACGACUUCUGGGGCAAGGGCAUGGCCGAGAACACCAGCCACAAGUCCUACCGGCCGCUCUGCGUCCUCACCUUCAAGCUAAACAUAUUUUUGACUGGCCCGGACCCAUUCUACUUCCAUGCGGCGAAUGUGAUUCUGCACUGCCUCGUGAGCCUUGUGCUGAUGUACACCUGUGAUAAAACUGUCUUCAGGAACCGCGGACUGGCUUUUGUCACGGCGUUGCUUUUUGCCGUGCACCCUGUUCACACUGAGGCGGUGGCUGGGAUCGUUGGCAGAGCUGAUGUGUUAGCGUGUCUGCUGUUUCUGUUGGCCUUUCUCUCCUACAAUAGGAGUCUGGGUCAGGGCUGCGUUGGGGAACGCUUCCCCCCCACCGCGUCUCCCUUCUUCCUGCUGCUCAGUUUAUUUCUGGGCACCUGCGCCAUGCUGGUGAAAGAGACAGGUGUCACCGUGUUUGGAGUGUGCUUGGUUUAUGACCUCUUCUCCUUCGCCCACAAGCAAGACAAGUCGAGCAACGGGAUCAUCCAUCAGUGCGGCCUGCAGCAGCCCGGGAGCCCCCAACCCGCCUCCCUGCCACCCCACCCUCACCGCGAGAGCGGAAGGCAGCAGCGGUUCCCUCACAAAGGAGCUUGGGGUGGCUGCCAGUCCUCACUGCCACCAGAGCCCAAGAGCAGUGGAUUCCCGGUGUCGCCGCGAGCUGUGUGGUCCUUGAUGAGGUAUCUGACAGCAAGCAGCAAUAGAAAUUUCCUGCUUACCAUGAGACCAUUUUUAAAAAGGGCCGUUUUGGUCAUAAGUUAUGUGAUUGUUGUUUUGUACUUCCGUCUGUGGAUAAUGGGAGGAUCUAUGCCCCUCUUCUCAGAGCAAGAUAAUCCAGCUUCAUUUUCGCCUUACAUUCUCACAAGAUUCCUUACCUACUCCUACCUCUUGGCCUUCAACGUGUGGCUUCUGCUUGCACCUGUUACCCUGUGCUACGACUGGCAAGUCGGCAGUAUUCCUCUGGUUGAGACCAUAUGGGAUGUGCGGAACUUAGCUACCAUCUUCCUAGCAGUUGUUAUGGCCUCACUGAGCCUGCACUGCUUAGCAGCCUUUAAGAGGCUGGAGCACAACGAGGUUCUCGUGGGCUUGCUGUUUCUGGUGUUCCCAUUCAUCCCAGCCAGCAAUCUCUUCUUCAGGGUGGGCUUUGUGGUGGCCGAGAGAGUCCUGUACAUGCCCAGCAUGGGCUACUGCAUCCUGGUCGUGCACGGACUGAGCAGGCUCUGCACUUGGCUGAACCGGUGUGGAGCCACCACCCUGCUGGUGUCCACCGUGCUGCUGCUGUUGCUCUUCUCUUGGAAAACUGUGAAGCAGAAUGAAAUUUGGCUGUCGAGAGAGUCCCUGUUCAGGUCUGGAGUUCAAACUCUGCCCCACAAUGCCAAGGUUCACUACAACUAUGCCAAUUUUCUGAAGGACCAAGGUCGGAACAGGGAGGCCAUCUACCACUACAGAACAGCCCUCAAGUUGUAUCCACGCCAUGCGAGCGCCCUGAACAACCUUGGAACACUGACGAGAGACACAGCGGAGGCAAAGAUGUACUAUCAAAGGGCUCUCCAGCUGCAUCCACAGCAUAACCGGGCUCUUUUUAACCUGGGGAAUCUCCUUAAGUCCCAGGAGAAAAAAGAAGAAGCCAUCAGCUUACUGAAGGAUUCCAUUAAAUAUGGGCCAGAGUUUGCAGAUGCCUAUUCAAGCUUAGCUUCAUUAUUGGCCGAGCAGGAGAGAUUUAAGGAAGCAGAAGAAAUAUACCAGGCUGGAAUAAAGAACUGUCCAGACAGCUCAGAUUUACACAACAACUAUGGAGUUUUCUUAGUUGAUUCUGGCUUUCCAGAGAAGGCAGUGACCCAUUACCAACAAGCCAUCAAACUUAGCCCAAGUCAUCAUGUGGCCAUGGUGAACCUGGGGAGACUCUACAGGUCACUGGGAAAGAACAGCCUGGCUGAAGAAUGGUACAAACGCGCCCUGCAGGUGGCACGCACAGCUGAGAUCCUGUCGCCUCUGGGAGCACUGUAUUACAACACUGGCCGACAUGAAGAAGCUUUGCAGAUUUACCGGGAAGCUGCAGCACUCCAACCUUCUCAGAGGGAGCUCCGCCUGGCCCUGGCUCAGGUUUUAGCCGUGAUGGGUCAGACAAAAGAAGCAGAAAAGAUGACCAACCACAUUGUGUCAGAAGAGACUGGGUGCCUUGAAUGCUAUCAGCUGUUGUCAGCAAUCUACAGCAAGCAGGAGCACCACGACAAGGCACUUGAUGCCAUAGACAAAGCUCUCCAGCUGAAACCAAAGGACCCCAAAGUCAUAUCUGAACUUUUUUUCACGAAAGGAAACCAACUAAGAGAGCAGAAUCUUCUUGACAAAGCUUUUGAGAGCUAUCAAGCAGCCAUAGAACUCAACCCGGACCAGGCGCAGGCCUGGAUGAACAUGGGUGGCAUCCAGCACAUGCAGGGAAACUAUGUAUCUGCAAGAGCUUAUUAUAAGAAAGCCUUACACCUGGUUCCAGACAGCAAACUGCUGAAGGAAAAUCUUGCGAAAUUGGAUCGCCUAGAGAAACGAUUACAAGAAGUUCGAGAAAAGGAUCGAACAUAGCACCAUAUGACCCAGUCUCCUGGGAUAAUGUGUGUGGUUGUGAAAGAGGAAAAAGUGAUCGAGGCCUUGCUUUCGUAUCAGCAGAGGCACAACUGUUGCGCUUUUUUCUCAUUCUGAGUUCAGGGUGGCACAUUGUGGGCCAUCGCCUGGUCACUUGUCGCUGAAGGACUUUCUAUGAAAGAAGACAAAAAGCAGGAGCCUGGCCAAGAAGGUCUGAGAGGGAAGGAAAACUACCACACAUUUUACAGAUUUUCAUUUGGUUUAACUUCAGAUUUCCCUUGGUAUAUUUCUAUGCUUUUGCAACCUGGAUUUCCUUGUUUAGACUUUUAUGUCCCAGAGAUAACAGAAGCUUAAAAUGCUCUGAAGGCAGAUCUUCCUUUCUUUGUGGGAUGAGAUAUUUCAAAAGAGGAUAAGUCCUCUGGCGUAAGCCAUAUGGAAAGUAAUACCAAGAAUGGGCCCAUUGAAUUCUCCAGAACCAGAAAUAUGUAUCCAGUAGCUUUUGUAGAACCUUCCAGAGUAUGUGAAGAAAGCUAUUGUUAAAUGAGCUUUAUUUUACAUCCUCCUAAAGAUAUUACUAGAGCCCUUUGAGGAAUGAAUAAAAUUCCACUCUGAUGCAUUGGCUAAUAUAUCAAAGGGGAAGCUUCUGGAAUUAUAUGUAGAUAAUUUUUAUCCCUAGGGGAAAAUCAAGGAACUUGGUAUACCUAAUUCUUUAUAGAAAUGUUUAAAAUUAUUUUAAUAUUAUUAUAAGUAUUACUGGAGUAGCGAUUCUACUCAAAGACUCCAAAAGUGCAUUUAAAAUCAUAAAUGUUUCCUGCCUCCAAAUAUAUUGUUAUUUUGGUCGAGAAAAAAUAGUAUAUUCUACAUAAAAGAAUUGAAGAUAUUAACUGAGAGAAAUGUCCUACUUUAUUAUCUUAAUGUUUAGACAUCACAAGAUUUACUAUUUUUUUGAAAAAUAUGUUUAAUCAGUAAGUAAUCUUUACAGUAUAUUCCAGAAAUCUUCAUAGACUCUAACUAUAUGGAAAAAGAGCUCUAUUUCUUGGUCUUCCUGGGCUUACUGAGAACUUCAGGCUUAGAACAUGAGUGAUUGAAACCCAGAAUUCUUUGGAAGAUCCUGGAGAAUGCUCUAAAACUCUAGGGGAAAAAAAUCUAAAUUCAUAAGUUUAAAAAAUAUAUAUUUAUAUUUAAAAGAGAGGGAAGACAGUUGAACUCAGAAUUUGACAUUUAUUUUUAGUAUAUUAUUUAUUUCAUAACUUAUAAAUUUUUUAAUAUAUAUACACACCUCUUUUUUUCUCUGUACAAAGUGGUUUUACUAGCAGCUUUCAAAACGGAUCUUUCAAAAGCAUAGCUCUAAACUACAAAAUAGUUAAGUUUUCACAGUCCUUCCAAAAAUGUAUAUUGAUUAUUCACUUGUAAAAUUAAAGAUCUUUCAAAAGCAUAGCUCUAAACUACAAAAUAGUUAAGUUUUCACAGUCCUUCCAAAAAUGUAUAUUGAUUAUUCACUUGUAAAAUUAAAGAAAUUUGGAAUCUGCCAUCAGUGUUCAGGUGGUAAUAUAUUUUGGAAGUGAAGAAACUGGAACACCUGAUUCUAAUUCAGUCUUCAUGGUUAAAUCCCCUCCAGGCAGUGCUGCUCUGCGGCUGAGCUGGGUGUCAGAGAUGUAGUAGCCCCGGGCAUACACAUUUCACACACUCCACCCAGGGCAAAGUAAAAACAGCUUUCUGCUUCUUUCAACCCAGUAACAGGAAGCACUACCCCUAUAUACUGUUUUAUAUAUAUACACACACAUACAUAUAUGUUUGGUCUACGUAAGUCGAAAUAGAAGACAAAGCCUCUUUGUGAAAGGAUGGCAGAAGAGUAUUUAAAUGCAGAUGAUUACAGAAUUGAAUUAGCAUGCAUUGCUUGUGUGCAACAGUAAUCCAAUAACCUGGAUAUUGCCACUGCGACCUUUGUUUCUAAUAGUCUUUCAGUAUUCUAUACCAUAAAUUUAUCCAAAAUCAUUAAGAUACUUUCUUUCCCCCAAAAUUAUAGUCUUAAGGCCAAGAAAUACAGUAUAGUGUUUAUUGUAAAAUAACCACCACCUCCCCCCUGGAAAAAAACCCAAACUAGUAACAAUAACUGGGACUUUAUCACAACUUUUCCAAAUAAUAUGAAACCAAAACUCAUGCUUAAAAAGUUAGAAGACUGAACCCCAAAUUUUGAAUAGCAAUUAUGCCUUACUUCAAGUGCUGCUGAAGGGAGGAGAAGCCUCUCCUUUCUUGGAAGAAUUGAAAUGGUCAUUUUAGCUCAAAGUUUUGAGGGAAAUGGGUCCCAUGGCCCAUGGCCUUCAGAUAAUUUUCUCUGCCUUCUUUUAGGUGCUUUCCGAUCUCUCUCUCUUCCUAAAACCCCUCCCUUCCCCUCUCUCUCUGUCCUUCCCUCUCUUUUGACUUUGGCCACCCUGUCUCAUUCUGUCUGUACACACUGGCAUCUCUCUGAACAUUCAGAGCAAGCACUGUUUUUUUUAAAAAGUAUCAUUUGCUGGAUUAGAUAGUCUCAUCCCAAGUAAAUACUUUCACUGAGAUGUGGCCAAUGAAAUAGUUCUCACAGUUAAAACAAUGCCUACAAGAAAAUAAAUCACAUAGUGUCUUUCAAAGAUAUUAAGGAUACUUUGUACCUAUUUUUAAAUUUGGUCCUCCUAAUGUGAACUAAUUAAGUGAAAGUCAUCCUUACUUAUCAAAAUAAAAAUGGAGUGCCCUGGCUAGUCACUGAGGUGCGUCCACUUCGCCUUUGGUGACAGCAUACUCACCCUGGGUUUAAUAGCCCCUUUUUGAAAUGGAAGAGUGGGACUUGCCUCACGGAUGUGCGAUGCUGGCAGUCACGUGGGAUCCUAUACUCAGAAGCACUCCAGACUUAGCUGAAUACUGUGCUUGAAGUUCUUAAUAAUUUUUGAGUACAGGGACCACAAUUUCAUUUUCCAGUAGGUUCCUAAAUGGGUCCUGGGUAGGAAGGGAAGUGGCAGAGAUCAAGAUGCAAGUUGCUUGGGCCUGGCUGAACAUCUGGUCCAGUGGGCAGUUUCAUCUGGGACUGUGUUACCCUGAGCAGCAUUUGCUGUUUCCCAAGGCUACAUUGAGAGUUUCCUUUCCUUGCAGCCCCAUCUAACUGAUACUUUGAUCCUACCUAGAAUCGGGUCUCCUCAUCUUCAAAAUCCCCAGUAAGUGGCAGUCCCUUCCCAUGUCCUUUGACGUAGCUGUCAGUGACGAGGAUAGUUUUAGCAGCUUUUUUUAACCUUACAAAUUAUUCAUUCAGGAUUUUUAAAAUGAGUCAGAUGUUUUCAAGAUAUUAACAUAUUCAUGAAACAUGGUUCAGUGGUAGAAUAUAGGUAAAUUAAACCAAAGAUGCAAAUACGUUGGAGGAAAAGGAAUUUUAUUUUAGGGAAUUCUGAGAUACAGUCUUUUGGAUUCAUGUAUUAUGAAUCCCGUCACAGAACAAAAAGGAUUGUCAGCACUUUAACUCGCAACUCCCUGAGUACAUCACAACCCUUAGCAUAAGGUCCUAAAAUUCUUAAUAGCGGUUCCUCAUUUGAUGCAGAGCUUUGCCGUGGUUAUGGAAAUGUUUCUGUGCAACUGCUUUUCAGCCAGACCAAAUAAGAAAAUCCAAGCAUCCUAUACAGGUGAACCCGUAAUAUAAUUUGAGGGGGAAUAAAGAACAAAUGUAUGGUUUCUUAUUGUCCCUAUGAAACAUUCCAGGACCCUCAGAUUUAAAAGCCACAUUCAGCAGACAGUUGAGAUCUGUUUCCUUACAUACAGUGGCCCUCAACGCUGGCUGCACUUUAGAAUCCCCUGGGGACCUUUCAAAAUCUUUUAAUACCUGGCCGUCCAGAUGACAAUUUUAAUGUGCAGUUAGAAUUCUCUAGAACCACGACAGGGCUGACAACUUUAAUGGGCGUUUGUAACCUUUACAAAAGAGAUGUUUAUAAUCUUUUGCAAUUUUUACCUUUAAAUCUAGACUAAGAUGAGCCAAAGAAUUCCAAAGAACGAUUUAUGGAGCAGUUGGUUUAGUUGAUAGCACCGUUCCAAGGUUGACAAACAGGUGGUUGUGUGGGAUGGAUUUGUGGCAGUUGGACUACAAUUGGCCUUACAUUUACAGAAUUCUUGGUUCUCAUAUGAAGAGAAAUUGCCUUGAAAUCUGCAUGCACCAGACCAAGUGCCCAGUACAUAAAACUGAUAUUUUUAUGACUCAUAGUAGGUAUUCCUGGCAUACAGUUUACACCUGUAUCUAUGUCUCUCUUCUGGGCACACACCUGAGCUUUGGCUAAUGAUUUCUUAAUUGUACUUGUUAAGCUAAUUGUGUUAGUUUUGGGGAAAAAAACCCAAAACUUUUGAUUUAAUUUGUGGUAGAUUCAUCCUUUUAGAAUAAUAAAUCUAUAGGACGUAGUAAAGACAUUCAAAGCACAUAUAGUUUGAUGUGGUUUGUUUUUUAAUUUUUUGUCCUGGUUUCCAAAUCACAUUUACUUUGAUUUGAUUGUAUGUUGGUUAUUUCCCAAAUAUAGCAAAACUUAUCUAAAUGGCAUCUUUUGUCACUUAAAAAGAGUAAAUAUCUGUCAAAGAUUGUAUUUAGGCUAUGGUUGAAUACUAUAAACACUUAGGAGGCCACAAAAUAUAGAGAAAUAUAAUUUUUUAUGAUUCUUAAAGUUUUUGAUGCAAAAGUGUGUUGAAUCGUCCUUCCAAAAAUAGUUUUUCCCUGUAUAUUUUUUAUUUUAAUUCCAUGUAACUUAAAGAGAAGAAAGAAAAUAAUUGAAAUCACAAGUGUGGUACAAUAUCAAAGUGGCAGAACAGAAUUGAUAUUUGUAAUAAGCAAUUGGCUCAUUUUUAAGUUUUAUUUUUUUUCACUGAGAAUCCUUUCGAUAACCUUUAGGGCACGUAACUCAUAAAAUCAGAAUCCAUCAUGAUAUAUGGCGCUUUUGUUUGUAAGUUCAGAUUACCAUUAACUCCCAACUGGAAAGAGAGGUCCACAUCUAGACAUUUAGGAGUUUCCUCCCAUCCCCAUCACAUUCGGUAGAUCCAAUGUGUGUAAUGUACCUUUGGAGUUAUUUAUCUUGCUGGUCCGUAGGAGGAGUACACUAGUUCAAGAAUCAAGACACCUGAAUUCUAGUUCUAGCUCUGCCCCUGAGGAGCCACCUCCCCUGGGGCAAGUUAGCCAAUGUCACAGUCAUGUUUAUCACCAGUAAAAGGACUGGUCCAGUCUGAUGGUUCCAUUAAGCUCUUUGAGCCUCUGCCAUGGUUACUCCUGAAUCUGGAUUAAAAAGCACUAUGUUCCUGAUAAACUGAUAAAUGUUGCCCUUUGUUUUAAUGUUUUAAUGACUUCAGAUAAUCAUAUCGACUGCAACAGAACACACAAACAACCCUGAAAGUGACUGAAUUUCCCAAGUGCUUGAGUGGAGCAGAGGUCAUUCCCUUUGCAGUCCGUGCUCUUAAAAAAAAUUACAGUGAUUGUUACUUUACUGGAGGGAAGAAGAUAAGCUAAAACUUGGCCCUAGGGAAUUAAAAUACCUGUAGGUGUGCUUUUAUGAUACUGAGAUCGUUAGAUUUGCUGUGACUCACACAGAUUCCCUCCUUUGGUCAGGAGGAAAUGACUUUCGUCAUGUUCUUUGUUCAUAAUGCUUUCCUUUGCGGUUUUGAUCAGUUGUAUAUAAAUGUACGUUUCUGUUACUUUUGCUGUGCCAGUUAGAAAUAUUUCUCCCAUAAAGUAUUUCUCCUAUGAAGUCUGAUUAUGUAUACUUUGCCCGGGUCUUUCCAAAAAUAAAAUUUAUGUAAAUGUUUAUUUUAUAUAAAAUAUGAUGAAAAUA